AUGGGUAAAGUGAAGGCCGAAAAGGUGGAAGCAACUGAAGAUGCCGAUGUUUCCGUUAAGGAGGAAGAUACAUACGAUGAUAAGAUCCGCAAUGCGAGCGCAAUCGCACAGCCGAUGGCGUCCAAGAAGCUGACCAAAAAGAUACACAAACUGAUCGAGAAAGCAUCGAAACAGAAGAACUUUCUUCGCAAUGGUCUGAAGGAUGUACAAAUUCGCCUGCGCAAAGGUGAAACUGGACUGGUGGUGUUUGCUGGUGAUGUGACACCGAUCGAAAUUAUGUGCCACCUUCCGGCAGUAUGCGAGGAGAAAAAUAUCCCCUACUGCUACAUGCCCAGCCGUAAGGAUCUUGGUGCAGCGAUGGGUGUGAAGCGUGGAACAGUGGCAAUGCUGAUUCGCGAACAUCCCGACUAUCAGGAAACGUACGAUAAGCUAAAGGUAGAACUUUCCACCCUUCCCAUACCUUCAUGA